AUGGCGUCGCCGCAGCUCGUCAUAGCGAAGGCGUCCUUCUCGGCCGUUCUCCUGCGGCCGGACCCUACAAGUUGCACGCGAGACGAAAUCGAGCACUUUCACACGCUUCUCAAUACGGCCAUCACGAGGUGUUCGCCAGCCAAUGUUCAGAAAUGCAAGCAAUGGAUUCUAAGCAACCUAGCAACUUCGCCAAGCCGCACGGCUGCCCUGGGAAAAUACCUCGUCGCCUUGGUCGACUCGCUCAGCACGUCAACGUCAACAUCAUCCGAUUCCAGUACGGCGGCCAAGAAGCCGUCCAUCAGGCGGCGGCGGUUACACGUCCUUUAUAUCAUCAACGACGUGCUACACCAUACACGCAAACGACAGGAUGACGAUACUUUCGUCUGUGGCAUCGAGCCCAGCCUGCCUGCCCUUUUGAAAACCGCAGCUUCUUUUCCCAACGCGCCGAAGCAUAUCAAGAAGCUAAACGAGCUCGUCAGUCUUUGGAACACUCAGAACUACCUUCGGGAUCCUGAGCUCUCCAAUCAGUUGCGCGAUGCAAUCGCACGUGGACAGCAGGCGGCCCUGGAAACAUCUCGCGAUGCGCCAGGCACCGAGACUGGUCGCGAUUCGCCCAAGAAGAUAUCUAAGGAGGUGCCCUUCGUCAUGCCGGCAACCCACGGCGACCCAUCCACGGCCUGGUACGAUCUCCCUGCUGGCAACUGGCUCCCGGUGCUUGAGCCCAAUUCGACCCGGCCGAUGAACCCCGCCUUGAUCAAGCCUUUACAGUUGGCUUCCGGACCUGCCGACAAAGGAUUGGUUGACGCCGUUAGUCGUCUGCUCGCUCGCGUGGACCGCAUCUAUGGAAAGGACGUGCGCCUCGCAGAUGACGCCACCCCGGGAGAGUACCCGGCCGUGGACAUUGACCAGAUGGGCGAGCGCGUGGAGCUGGAUGAGAUCACGGGCGAAGUGCUCGAUGGCGAAACCUAUUAUGGCUGGUCACGUGCUUUUUGCAAGAAGAUGAAGGCUCGAAGGCAAGGUCGGAAAUCACACAAUCCCAGCUCAAGAAGCAGGUCACAGUCUUCUCGGGAUUCCAGAAGUCUGAGUCGUGGUAGAGACCAGAGCAGGAGCCGAAGCAGUCGUUCAAGGAGCACUUCACCACAUAAUUUUAAGCGCCGCCGCGUCAGUCGGUCUCGUAGCCGCAGCCGAAGUCCCUCCAAGGGCGGGCGCAACAACCGCAACCGCGAUUACUCCUCAGAGAGGUCCCGCCGCCGAUCUCGUAGCUAUUCGUCAUCACGAUCAAGGAGCAGAGAUCCUCGCCAGAGGUCUCACGACGGCCCGCGUAGAUCGCCUUCACCAGGAUACUCUCCACCCCCCGCAAACGCCCCUGCAAUUCCGCCUCCGCUGCCGCCUCCUAUAGGGACUUCAGGUAACUAUAACAACAUGGCAGUUCCUCCGUUCCCACAUCCGCUGCUACCAAUGCAAUUUCCUCCGAUGCCCGGUAUGCCAAUACCUAUGCCCCAGCUGCAUCAAGGCUACGGAGGCAUGCAGGCGCAGGGCUCUGGACCCCUUCAUAUGCCCGGUUUCCCUGGUUCAUGGCCGCCGCCGCCACCGCAACCCCAAUUCCCUAUGCAUAAUCAGCAACAGGCCUGGGCUUGGGGUGGGGCAUCUAUGCCACCUCAUAAUCAACAACAGCAAUAUCCCAACCAACAGCCGGGCAUUGGAUACCAGAAUCACGGUCGCGGCGGGGCAAAUAACAACGGAGGCUUCAGGGGCAGGGGUGGUUACAAUCAGAACAGAGGCGGUCGUGGUUGGUAG